AUGCGCAUCUUCAAGGCGCCAUCAACAUGUGUGGUCAUAUCCCUCUUCCUCCUCUUUUGCAUUAUCACCGCCAGACCAACAAACCAUGCCCGUUCCGACUCCAUGGCCCUUGAAGUCCGACCGGCAGGGGAUCUGUCACCCCGCUAUGGAGCAGGCAACGCCCUCCAGCCCCGCUACUUCAUGACUGCCACACUUGUCUACGUCCCUUUUACAGCUGCAAGUGCACUCCUGUAUGAUUGUGCUCGGCAUGGCGGCCAAUCGUUGAGCUGUCAAGCUAUCAUCGUAUACCUGCUUGUUAUGAGUGGAUUGUUCACAGCAAAAUACAUUUGGGUCUUUUUGAACUACGACCUUCCUUCAAUGAACAGGGCAAAGACGAAGGAAGGCUUAGAUGUGAAAGCAGCAGAGGUCGCUCUCAAUACCGCCAGACUCAACUAUGAUAUGACGAAUACCAAUCUCCAAAAGGCGCAACAUGACUUGGACCAAGCAUUAAUACAGGCCAACCGAGACAGUGAACAAUAUUCUCACGAUGAGUUUAUCCGAAAGCAUGACCGCAAGCUCAAGAAUAUUGAGUCGUUGAAGACGGACUGGGAGUUCUGGGCCAGCAGAGAAUUGCGUGCUCUAGAAGACACGAUUGGCCCCGAAGACGAGGCAGGGCAGGCUGAAUGGAAGAAAGUGAAGGAAAAGCUCGAGGCAGCCAAGAAAGAGGACGUCGCUGACCUCAAGUGGGACGAACAAAAGGCGUUCGAAAAGGCCCUUGAGGAUUUCAAAAAGAGCCGCCAUGCAGACACAGAGACCAAAGACCAGAAGAACGUGAUGAAAGGCGCCGCUGAGGCAUUUGCCAAUCUGGCUACGUUGAAAGGGGUUACCUCCGACUCCCUGACUGCUCCCGACCAAUUCGAACACGACAUGGCGAAGAUCGAAGAGGGUUUAUAUCACAACCAACAGAAGCGCCGCCGGAGCUCUGACCUGCCGCGCUUGAUGUAUGACUCGUGCACGGAAGGAGGGUCCUGCCAUCGGGUCUGGUACUCCAACGACCACGCCCAGCUUCAAAGGAGAGGCCUUUCGUCGUCGGAUGUUACCCACAAGAUUUACUUCACACCGAACGACUAUGAAUUCGCUCCCCGGUCUCGGCGACGAGACCAUCUCACCGGAAUGGUGGAAUGUCGGGAUGAGCAGACCUUCUCAACAAACAAGGGCGAUCUUCAUAUUAUGACUGCGUGGCGGAGUGGCCCUGAUAGCGAUGCUCUCAGUAACCUUGCGCACCAGUCGGUAGACACCCUGUUCAACAAGACGAUCGAAUCAAUCAAAAAUGACGGGGCGACGAGAAAUGAAAAACGUGACCAAGUCCCAUCUAUCGCCAGCAUGGGCAAGGAGUGCUUGAGCUUCGACGAUCAAAGCAAGGGUGAACCUGCAUUGUGGGGGUUGAUCCAUGUGACCAUGAACCCAGCAGACAUGGAGAACAAUGACCUCGACUCGGACUUUGAGACAUGCCAGAAGAAGAUUUCUGAUGCUGAAAAAAAGAAGAAGUAA